UUUUUUUUUUUUUUUUUUUAUACUUCUUCUUCUUCGUCCUCUCGAUGUCUCCGAUUAGGUCAACGAAGUGGUCGCGAAUGGGGUUUAGGGUUUCGGAUGUGAAGCAAAGUAGAUCGCUUCUCUAGUUCCGUUGCCUCCUUGUUACUCGAGAAUAAGUUGAAUAGAUGAAGGGGAUCGGUGUCCUCUUCUUAAUCGCCCUCGUGAUUCCCCUCGUUGCAUCUGAGGGUGAUUCCGAUAGUUUCCCAUCAACUACGAACAAUGACACCAUUGUUAAACAUUCCAAUGCGGCAGAGAUGUCUCCGCCAGAUCCGGUUGAUGCGGGAGGAGAGAAAAAGCGUAUAGAACAGGGCAAAGGAUUGCAAAAUGGUACUAAGAAAAAUGAUGAGAAGGAUGAUUCUAGUGAAAGUUCUCUUGAGAGGAAAGAUCAGCCGGUGAAGGAGACGAAGGUUGAGGAAGAUUCUGGGGAAGGGAGUUCAGAUGGGAGCUUGGCGUCUAAGACGCAGCCGUUGAGGGACUCUUAUGUUGAAGAGUGCGAUCCGUCCAAUAGAUGCACUGAUGAGAAGAAGAAGUUCAUUGCUUGCUUAAGAGUCCCCGGACAAGAUUCGCUAGAUCUUUCACUUCUUAUAGAGAACAGAGGAACAGGUUCUCUUGAUGUUCACAUCGUUGCCCCCGACUUUGUCACACUAGAGCAAGCUAUAGUCCAGCUUCAAGCGAAGGAGAAGAAGAAGAUCAAUGUUUCUCUUCGUGAUGGUGCAAAUGAUACCAUGAUAGUAUUGAAAGCGGGGGAGGGGCAAUGCAGCCUCAAUCUGCGGAACACGCUCUCCGGUAAUGCGAGAGAAACAUCUAGGGUGUCCAGCUAUAUUAACCGGCGUACACGUGCAGCGUCGAUAUUUGUGUUUCUCGCUGCAGUUGGAAUUAUAGGAUCGGCUUUGUUGUGCAUCAAGUUCUGGAGGAGGAGGCCGCACUCUCAUGAAGGCAGCUCCGCGUACCAGAAGGUGGACAUGGCUCUGCCUGUUUCGAGUGGGGGGAAGAAGGAACCCGACCUGUCGGAAUUGUGGGAUAAUAAUUGGGGAGAUGGUUGGGACGACGAUGUGGAGGCGCCCAUAACGCCGUCGAAACCCUCUUCGACUCCAUCAUCUAAAGGGCUCGCCUCACGGAGAUCGGCAAAAGACGGUUGGAAAGAUUAGCAAACUUGUUGGAGGGAUAAUCAAAUACAAUCCCUGAAUUUUUUAGUUUCAAAUUGGUUUUAUUGUUAUUUCCAAGUGACAUCAAAAUUCUUUUCUGGGAAAGCUGAUACGAAAUGUAAGGAUACUAUCACGACAAUGUUUGCACUGAAAGGAAUCUAAACUCUUCCCUUUUGCAGCCACUUUGUUUGAUACUCGGGACAUACGAAUUAAUAUUCAUUGCAUUGCAU